AUGCGUAAACGACGGCGUGAGGAUGUAAAUGCGAAUAAGGACGGAACUAAUAAUCCCGUAUCGAAUACCAACAACACAAUCCAUAAUAAUAAUAAUAAUAAUAAUAAUAAUAAUAAUUCCCUAGAUGUGGUAUUACCAGCCCUUGUACAACAACAACAACAAAAUAAUAAUAACAAUAAUAAUAAAAGACGUCGAAUCGCAACAGUGAAUGCCGCCGCUGCAGGACCACUUUCCUUUACAUUUUCUCCCACAACAAUUCUUCCUAUUUGGCAACGUGUGGUCUUAUCUACAUUACGCCGUGUGCAUACAUGUGAGGCCGACACCCGCCGUGCUGAGGCCCGUGGACGAGCCCUACAACGAGAUCUCACACGUUAUCAUGAAGACUUACACCGUCGAGAAGAACGUAUUCGUGCCCAACAACAAGAUUCUCGGGCUCGUCUUGGUAAUAAACUCUUUAAUGCGAUUGAGAAACAAUGGACACGCCGGGCAGAUGUAUUUCAACAACUUUUAUGUGUGGAAUUUGAUGAGGUGAAAAGAAGGCAUACAGAAAGACGACAAGAAGAUUUAUUACGUGAGGCAGAGAAUCUCACACGUACAUUAUUAGAUAGUAUCUUUACAGAUGCGAGAAGCCGAUCAGCCGAUGGAGAUGCGGAUAAUUCAGCUGUAAUCGCAGCUUUACAAGGCGAUGAUGAAGUAGAAGAUGAUAAGAAUGAAGAUUCUAAUAGUUAUACUAUUACUACUAGUAGUAAUAGUAGUAAUAAUAGUGAUAGUGGUAGUAAAAGUCAUAUACAGGCGGAAAAGGAGAAGAAUAAGAAGAAGGAGAAUAAAGUAAAUUCACAUUCUAUAGAGAGUUCUCUCUCACUUCUUGACACCCAAGAUGGACGGCGUCCACUGCGGGAUUAUCAACGUUCUGCUUUACGAUGGAUGACAAAUUUAUAUACAAAGAAAUUAAAUGGUAUUCUUGCAGAUGAGAUGGGACUUGGAAAGACUGUACAAACUAUAGCCCUUUUAGCUUAUUUUGCAGAAUAUCGUAAUGAUUGGGGUCCACAUCUUAUUGUUGUUCCCACAACAGUAGUAUUAAAUUGGAAGGCAGAAUUUACACGAUGGUGUCCGGCAUUAAAAGUAUUAGUUUAUAUUGGAAAUCCAAAAGAACGUCAUCGAUUACGUAAAGGUUGGAUGGGAGAAGAUGCUUUUCAUGUUUGUAUUACUUCUUAUAAUCUUGUUGUACGAGAACGAAAAAUUUUUCGAAGACGUCCAUGGGGAUUUCUUGUUUUAGAUGAAGCCCAUCAAGUGAAAAACUUUAUGAGUCAAAAAUGGCAAUCUUUAUUUGAUUUACAAGCGGAAUAUAGACUUUUAUUAACAGGAACACCUUUACAAAGUUCUAUUAUGGAGUUAUGGUCACUUUUUCACUUUUUAUUACCUUUUGCCUCAGCAUUUAGUUCUAAUGAGGAAUUUCGAGAAUGGUUUAGUAAUCCAAUGGAAGAUAUGGUUACUGGAAAAGUUUCUUUAAAUGAAGAAAUUGUACGUCGUUUACAAGCCUUAUUACGUCCUUUUAUGUUACGUCGAUUAAAGAAAGAUGUGGAAUCGCAAUUACCAUCAAAAACAGAAAAAGUUGUAAUGUGUCAACUCUCACGACGUCAAAGACUUUUAUAUGAUGAUUAUAUGCAACUCACAGAAACUAAAGAACGUAUUCGUGGAGGAGCCGGUGGAGUAUUAGGAGUAUUAUUAGCAUUACGUAAAGUAUGUAAUCAUCCUGAUAUGUUUGAAGAACGUCGAACGGUUUCUCCAAUGGGAUUAGAUAAUCUUAGUGAAAUUACAAUGUUGGUACCACGAAAUAUACUUUUAAGAGAUAAUGAUUAUAGUGGAUGUUACCGAUUUCAAAAAUGGCGUCUUUGUAUAGAAGAUGUAUCACUUCCAUGGGGAAAAGAACAAGAAAAAGAAGAAGAAGAUUCUUAUUUUGAUGAUUCUUGGUUAGAUUGUACUUAUUUACAUGUUUUACAUCUUCUUCAUCAUCUACCAUGGAGAGAGCAAAAGGUAUUCACUCAACAAGGAGAAUCAGAAGAACUUCAUCGUUAUUCACCAGAUCAUUUUCAUUGGCCUAAACAAAUAACACCAGAAACAUUAAUAGAAUCACAUCAUGAAGAUCUUAGUAAUACUUUAUGGUCCAUCUUAAGUGGUGAAAUGCGACAACAACAAGCAUGUAUUCAACAACGUAGAAGAAUGACAACAUCUAUUCAAAAUAAACGUUACCGUAGUUUAGAAGCUUCUAUUUGUAUAUGGUAUCCACCCUCUCUACAUAUAGUAGAUAGACCAUUUUAUAAACGUAUUCCAAUAGCUCUUCGACCAAAUCUCACCCAACGUGUUUCUGCUAUUAUGCCUAUUGCAUGUAAAGUUGCCGUUUAUGUUCCUCGAGUAGCGGCAACAUUUCCUCCGAAAUUACAUUGUCUUUUCCAAGUUUCACAUUAUCAUGCCUUUUGUGCUCAUACACGAAAGAGUUUAGCUCCUUUAUUAGCAUUAGCAAUGCCAUCUUCCUCUUUCUAUACAGGUUAUAAUAGUAAAAAAUAUGUUGACCCUAAAAAAAGGGUCUUUGAUGGAUCUUUCUUUCUUUCAGAAUUAUGGCCAUUACAUGUAAGACGUUGUUUUAGUUUUCCUGAUAAACGAUUACUUAUUCAUGAUUGUGGAAAAUUACAGUUUCUUGAAUGUUCUCUUAAACAACUUCGACGAGAAGGACAUCGUAUGUUAAUCUUUACACAAUUUGUACAUAUGUUAAAUAUAUUAGAACGAUUUUUAGCUAUUAUUGGUAUACCAUAUCUUCGUAUUGAUGGAAGUACAACUGCAGAAAAACGUCAAGCAUUUGUAGAUCGUUUUAAUGAAGAUGAUCGUAUUACAUGUAUGAUAUUAUCUACACGUUCUGGUGGAAUAGGAUUAAAUCUUACAGGUGCAGAUACAGUUAUCUUUUACGAUAGUGAUUGGAAUCCAACUAUGGAUCUUCAAGCUCAAGAUAGAUGUCAUCGUAUUGGUCAAACCAAACCAGUCACAAUUUACCGUCUUAUUAGUGAACAUACUGUAGAAGAAAGUAUAUUACAAAAGGCGAGAGAACGAAAGAAACUUAAUAAUGUUGUUAUUCGCGGUGGUCAAUUUCAUGCCAUGGCUAGUGUGGAAGAUACAUAUGAAGAUACAAGUGCUGCUUUGGCAGCCUUAUCGGAUCCGGUGCGAUUACGAAGUUUCUUUCAUGACUUGGAUGAAGAUGCCACUGUGUUGGUCGAUCAUCAGAAUGAACAAAAACCAAAAGAAGAAGAAAGAGAAAAAGGAGAAGGAGAAGGAGGACAAGAGUUAAAGACCUCACAGGAUAGAAAAAAUAAUAAUAAUAAUAAUAAUAAUAAUAAUAAUAAUAAUAAUAAUAAUAAUAAAUACAACAAUUCGAAUGAAAAUGAGUUUGAUACUACGACUACUACUACUAGUGUAGUGGAUAUUCGUGCGGAAAUGAUGAAAUUGGAAGAUCAAGAAGAUCGUGAGGCCCAACAGAAUGUAGAGGAGGAAUUACGUGAAUUGGAAGAACAAAAAAGAAAUGAUGAGGCGGAAUUAGGCGAAGAAGAAGACGAUGAUGAUGAGGAUGAAGAUGAUGAAGAAGAGGAUGAUGAAAAUGGAGAACGUAAACGACAACGACGACGACAAGAACGGCGAAAACAGGCGGCAAUGGGAGAAGAUGAAUUGUUAAUGGGAAUUUCCAACUAUACAACCUUUGAUCCAUCUACUGUUAAUAAUAAUAAUAAUAAUAAUAAUAAUAAUAAUAAUAAUAAUAAUAAUAAUAAUAAUAAUAAUAAUAAUGGGGAAUUAUCUUCAUUACCUCGGGAAUCACCAGUUGUCCUGCAGAAACGUCGUGAUGCCUUAAGGCGACUUCGUACGCCAUUAGAUCGUUUACUUUCAUUGCGGUUUGGGGUUUCACAUGCCGCUGAGGCCCGUCAACGGUAUGGAGUCUUGUGUGAGAAGUACGCAGCUCAAGUGGAUGAGGAUGAGUUGCCACCAUUCAGAGAUGCAUUUCGCCUUUGA